AUGUCCACCGGCUCCCUCAGCGACGUGGAGGACCUCCAAGAAGUGGAGAUGCUGGACUGCGACGGGCUGAAAAUGGACUCGCACAAGGAGUUUGCGACCUCCAACGAGAGCACCGAGGAGAGCUCCAACUGCGAGGCGGGGUCUCCGCCGAAGGGCCGCGGCGGCCUGGGCAAGAGGAGGAAGGCGCCCACCAAGAAGAGCCCCCUGAGCGGGGUCAGCCAGGAGGGGAAGCAGGUCCAGCGCAACGCGGCCAACGCGCGCGAGCGGGCCCGCAUGCGGGUGCUGAGCAAGGCCUUCUCCAGGCUCAAGACCACGCUGCCCUGGGUGCCCCCGGACACCAAGCUCUCCAAGCUGGACACGCUCCGGCUGGCGUCCAGCUACAUCGCCCACUUGAGGCAGAUCCUGGCGAACGACAAAUACGAGAACGGGUACAUCCACCCGGUCAACCUGACGUGGCCCUUUAUGGUGGCCGGGAAGCCAGAGAGUGACCUGAAGGAAGUGGUGACCGCGAGCCGCCUGUGUGGAACCACGGCGUCCUGACCUCGGAGGUGCGCGUGUGGGAAAGGCGCGCUCCCCUCCCGGGGGAAGGGCCCCGCGAAGGCGACCCCUGCCCGCCCUGCUCUCUGCCUCUGCUUCCCCCCCGCCCGCCAAGCUCCUGUCCCCGGCCCACCCUGCGAGCGAGAACACUUUACAGCGACGAGGAGAUUCGUUUCCAAACCCGAGGAGAUCGGUCGUGCUUCCAACGAUUCCCAUCUAUUUAA